AUGAAUGCCGGAACGGGUAAUAACGCGCCCAAUCCCCAAAAUUCUAUCUUCCGUUCCGACGAUCCCAGUCAAGAGAUCAUCGAUGCUCGGACUUCCAUGACCAACGCUCUUGCAAAGCUUGAUACAAUUCAGAACAAACUAAGCAUUUACAAGUUCCGUUUGCAUGUUAUGGAGCGCAAUUAUGCGAAGGAACAAAAGAACAAUGCCGAACUGCGCGCUCAACUCGCCACAGCCAUGAACACCAUUGACCAUCUUAUGGGGUCUCAUCAUGACAACACCGCGGUCCGUCCGCCUCUGGGUUAUCAGUCUUAUCGCCCUGAUCCGAGACCUUGCCAGAAUCAAUUACGACGACGUCGUGAGUCCGCAAAUAGCCCACCUCGCGGGCCUCGCGAUGAGCCCCGUCGAUCUCGGGAGGAGCCUUGGUCUUAUCAGCGCUCUCCAUCCCCUCGCCGCACUGGUUCCCUGUUUGAUGACAGACGGAAUCGUGACUCGCGGGAAAGAGAUUAGCUCACGUCUUGAGGCGAGGUUAGGUGUGC